AUGGAUAGGGAUAACACCAAAGAUUUUAAACACAAACAAAGUCUCUUCGUUGCGUCUCUUCGUUUACAAAGCGUCUCUUCGUUUACAAAGCCCAAGCGUCUCUUCGGUCUUUCGUUUCGUCUCUUCGUUUCAAAGCCCAAGGUCUCUUCGUUUAAAAGCCCAAGCGUCUCUUCGUUUAUAAAGCCCAAGCGUCUCUUCGUUUACAAAGAAGCGUCUCUUCGGCCCAAGGUCUCUUCGUUUACAAAAAGCGUCUCUUCGUUUACAAAGCCCAAGCGUCUCUUCGUUUACAAAGAGCGUCUCUUCGUUUACAAAGAGCGUCUCUUCGUUUACAAAGCCCAAAACAAAGCCCAAGCGUCUCUUCGUUUACAAAGCCCAAGCGUCUCUUCGUUUACAAAGCCCAAGCGUCUCUUCGUUUACAAAGCCCAAGCGUCUCUUCGUUUACAAAGCCCAAGCGUCUCUUCGUUUACAAAAGCGUCUCUUCGUUUACAAAGCCCAAGCGUCUCUUCGUUUACAAAAGUCUCUUCGUUUACAAAGCCCAAGCGUCUCUUCGUUUACAAAGCCCAAGCGUCUCUUCGUUUACAAAGCCCAAGCGUCUCUUCGUUUACAAAGCCAAGCGUCUCUUCGUUUACAAAGCCCAAGCGUCUCUUCGUUUACAAAAAGCGUCUCUUCGUUUACAAAGCGUCUCUUCGUUUACAAAGCCCAAGCGUCUCUUCGUUUACAAAGCCCAAGCGUCUCUUCGUUUACAAAAGCCCAAGCGUCUCGUUUACAAAGCCCAAGCGUCUCUUCGUUUACAAACAAGCGUCUCUUCCAAAGCGUCUCUUCGUUUACAAAGCCCAAGCGUCUCUUCGUUUACAAAAAGCGUCUCUUCGUUUACAACCCAAGCGUCUCUUCGUUUACAAAGCCCAAGCGUCUCUUCGUUUACAAAGCCCAAGCGUCUCUUCGUUUACAAAGCCCAAGCGUCUCUUCGUUUACAAAGCCCAAGCGUCUUCGUUUACAAAGCCCAAGCGUCUCUUCGUUUACAAAGCCCCAAGCGUCUCUUCGUUUACGUCUCUUCGUUUACAAAGCCCAAGCGUCUCUUCGUUUACAAAAAGCGUCUCUUCGUUUACAAAGCCCAAGCGUCUCUUCGUUUACAAAGCCCAAGCGUCUCUUCGUUUACAAAGCCCAAGCGUCUCUUCGUUUACAAAGCCCAAGCGUCUCUUCGUUUACAAAGCCCAAGCGUCUCUUCGUUUACAAAGCCCAAGCUCCUCUUCCUCAUCCCUCUCUCUUUUCAGCAAGAGGAUCGAGGUAGGCAUUUCUUCCACCACCACAAAUAGAUCCAACUCUGGAAGUACAAGAACCUGCUCUUCCACCUGCUGUUCCUCUGUGUGGAAAGAUCCCUCUCAAGGGCCUGCCUGUCCACACAACAGAUUUUUCUCUACUCCAGGGACAUUGUUCCUACGAGGGCACAACUUUGAUAAACAUCCCACAGAACCAGAGGACCAACAGGGAUGCCAGCACUCCACUACCUCAAAGAUGGACCUUCCAAUGCAGAGUGCCUACAUACUUAGUCUGCAAUAUCACUGCCUUUGUGGCGAGGACACUUCCUGCCAACACUUUUGCCACCUCCUCCAGUGCCAUCAGGAAAUCCCACAUAGCAUUGUUCCUCCUCGCCAAGAUGUUUACAGCCAUGUUGAGGCUUUCUAG